CUUCUUUGAAAUAUUCUAUACACGUAUUAUCAAACAUUGACCUGUAAUUGGUACCGGUACAAUUGUGUAGCUGAUUAUCGCGCAAACUUCAGCAAACUUCGAUUUUGCUAAAUUGUUUAUUAAUGUGACUAAACUCAAAAGCGCGCAAUUAGGAACGUGAGAGCGUAUUUGGGAACAUUGAAAAAUAGAUUGAUCAGACAGGCAUAGCGUGAAGAAGAGAAUAAUAAAUAUAUGGAUCUGUGAAAGCAGAGGGACAAGCAGAAACGAAACUUAACUUCCACGCGACCAAAGUGCAGCUGCAGGAUCAACAACAGCCACAGUGCGCACUGCGCAGGGUCGCUCAGCCGGGGACAUGUUUUUGCGCUGGUAUUGAGUUCGUCCAUGAUGUCAUCUCCUGCACCGUUCCUCUGCCCCACCUGUCUCCACCUCAGCUCCACCCCAGUCUCCCUCCCAUGUGGCCACGCCUUCUGCCUCGCUUGUCUCCAAACUAUAGACGAGGGCUUGGACCGGCACUGCUGCCCCCAGUGCAGACAAGAGUACCACCCCAAUUACUACAACAACUCCUACUACUACUACUUUAAAGAGUACUGUGAAGACCCAGGGAUGAGCCAGUUCCCUCUUAAAUACACGCCCACUGUCGGGAAAAAUGCACAAGGUGCAGGAGAAGAAAUCGCUAUCAGAGAAAGUCACAGAUUUCAAAAUAAAACUCCACUAAACGAUCGGGAAAAUUGUUCUAUUUCAAGUCGUGGACAGCUAGGAACAAGCCAAAUGACUGACAAAUUAAACAACACUGAAGAAAUAGAUGAAACUGUCCAAAACAUGCCCGCUUUAAAAUUAAAAAUCAUGAUGUACAGGAAGAGGUGGAGGGGAAAGGAGUUAAUGGUUUUCAAAAUAAAACUCCACUUUUGCCAGUUCUAAAUCCUGUACAGAUGAAGAUGCAAGAACAAAGCAUGGAUGUCAAAGGAAUUAGCAGAUUUCAAAAUAAAACUCCCCUUUUGGAACAAGAUUGCCAAAAAGGAGCAGAAAUAUUAGCUGGAAAUGAAAUAAACGAAAGCUCUGGUAUCACUAUUUCAUCCGACAAUGUCAAAUUUAGCCUCCGGGAUUUAAAAGCUGCAAAAGAAAAGGAAAGUUAUGUACUUUCUGGGCAUGGUGCAAGUGAAAGUAUCUCUUUUAAAACAAACCAACACAAUAUAAUGAGAGCAGACAUUGGAGAGAUGAAAGAGAAAUGUUUGGAAAGGAAAGGAAGUGGGGAAUUUCAAAAUAACAGUCCUUCUGCAAAAGAUUCAGAACUAUACAACUACCUGAAGAGCAAAAUAAUAGCCUCAAACGUCACUGAAGUCGGCUUAGAAAAUGAUGUACUCCAAAAUAAAACUCCACAUGUGUCAGUUUUAAACAUGCAAAAGCAAAAUAGCUCUUUAAGAAACAACCAAGAAAUGACAGUGCACCAAAGUAUAGGAAUGGAAGAACCUGAAUCGCCGAGAAUUGACCAAAAUCUAAUUGCAUUUAAUGAUGAAGGAGACUUGGAAAGCAAAGAAAAUCUUGCUUUUCAAAAUAAAAGUCUGAUUUUAGCUGAGAAAAUGGCCGAAUUGAAAUUAAAACUGAUGUCAAAAGCUUCAGAUUUGACAAACAAAUUGGAAAACGCGGAGAUGGUUUUGAAGAAAGAGCAAGAGUGCAAGCGAGCCGUGACGAUGGCUCAUGCUAAGCUACGAGAAAAUGCACUGAAAUUAGUGGGAGAAUUGACUUCCUUUGCUCAAAACUACAGCAAGACAAUUAUGGAGCUAAUCGAGCAAGAACUUAGCCCGGGAGAGGAAAUGCUUCAUAACAAAGUGGAAAAGGCAUCAGAAGUUUGCAAAAAAAUUAAGAAAACAAUGCAUGAAGUUGAUAAUUUGCUAAAAGAAAAAGAUGCCAAUGUUUUUACGAGCAAAAUUCAAAGUUUAGAAUCAGAAAUAGAGGGAUGUAAAGAGACAAAACAACCCGAAGAAAACCAAGAAUUAAAGUUUGAUCUGACCAAAGUGUGUCCUGAACUGGAGCAACUGAGCUGUGAGUUUCGUGAUAAACUCGGGCAGGUUCAGAGGUCACUGAGGAGUGAGUUUAACCCCUCUGAGGUGACCUUUGACCCGGAAACACUCCACCCAAACCUGAUCCUGUCAGAAGACCUGAAGAUGGUGACAUUUAGUGCAAAGAAACAACAGUACGACCCAACGCCGAAGAGGUUCACCAACUUCAUACAGGCGUUGAGUGCUCAGAGCUUCAGCGCUGGUGUACACAGGUGGGAGGUGCAGCUGGAUUGCGCCCCCUGGCUGUUGGGCAUUUGUGUUGCAUCGUCGUUGCCACGCUCUGGCCUCCCGUCAGCCCUGGAGAUGAGCCCGUCCUCCUGGGGCCUCAUGUGGAACCAGAGCCUCCUGAGCGCGUUUCACCAGAGCAGAACCACACAGCUACAGAAAACCCCCCUGGUGUCCAGAAGAGUGGAGCUAAAGCUGGACUGUGACAGAGGACAGCUGGACUUCUACUACCUGAGCGAGACCAGCGGCAGGCACCACAUCCAUAUGUUUAAAAUAGACACCAGGGAGCCGCUUCAUCUGGCCUAUAGGAUGUUAUCAGGAGACCCCAAAGGAAGAGCCACUAUAUGCUCAUAGAGUUUAGAUACUAUAUGAAGAGCAAGUCACUAUACAACUGCAAGGGACAUUCACUGUUUAUGAUCCACAAAUUGAUGACGUUAUGAUUAAUUUUUGGGGACUGGCUCCAUAAACUUAAUGGCUCCAAAUAUAAUCUUAAAGUGGAUCUAUUCAGCAAAAGCGAUUUUUCAGACAUUUCAGACAUUUCAUUUUGGUCCUCUAUACUCGGUAGUGUGAUCUGCAGAAAUCCAUAGGAUAGGAUUUUAGAUUAAUAUUGUGAUUAAAAAUGUCCAAAUUAUAUAAGACACUAGCCACCAAACCAAGUCCGAUUUAGAAAAACAUGAAAACCUGUCAAAUCGACUUGUGGCGCACUAUGUACCUUUUUUCUUUUCUUUCUUCAGCCGGCUGUCCCCAAAGUCAAAUUGUCACUUUGGAAAGUUCAUGUCUGUCUUCAUGGAAACAAAUGUGAUGCACCAGGCCAAGAUACAGGUCACAACAGGUUUUACUAAUGGUACACAUGGUACUAUUAUUGUUUCAACAACUUUUCUUUUUAAAGCAAAUCGAUUAUGCAAAUUUUAUUUUUCAGAGCUUUUAACCAUAAAAUAAAUGCAAUAAUAUAAAAUCAUUAACAUAUACAUGAUGAAAACAAGAUACAAAUAAUAAACAACAUAAAAAUAAAAUUGGUUCCUUUGAUUGUUUCA